AUGUUCAGUAUGGAACUUCAUCAUGGUGGGAAGUUCACAAAGUUUCCAGGCGUCAAGUAUAUUGAAGGGGUUGUAGCAUACAUUGACGUGAUCGAUAUAGAAGAAUUCUCAGUACAUGAAAUGGACUCCAUCAUGUUAGAUUUAGGGUAUGUUGUUCCACCUGUCAUCUACUAUCAUUUCUGUUUGCCCAAUGAGGGUUUGGAUUUUAGACUAAGAGCUUUAGGUAAUGAUGAUGAUGUACGUAACCUAUCAAAAUACGUGAGUGAGAACAAAGUGAUAAAAGUGUACACAGAGAAUGGAGAAACAACGUUAGUUACCUAUUUCAUGUCCCCAAAUGGUCCUAGAAGGGUUAUAAUAGAAGAGAUUGAAGAUGAGGAACCACCUCAGCCCGUAUCCCCUACUGUAGGGUUAACCUUGGCAAGGUAUGGGUUUUUCACACCUGAGUUGAGUAGGGCAAAGGUUGGAAACCUACCCAAGGUAGCUCAUCAUGUAGUAAAAAGCUUUGCUUAG